AUGUCUUCGGGACAAACCGGCACGGGACAGGGCAACAGGACCUCUCGCCAGACCAAUGCCUCGGCCGCUCCUAACCCACAGCGUGCAUCAAGGCAGGCGGCUGCCAAACAAGUUUCCACUCCUAGCAACUCCUCUACCUCCACGAAUACCCGCAACGCCUCAGCAUCGCAAGGUGGCGCACAGUCGACCGGGGCUCGGAAGCUGCGGUACAAGCCAAAGGAUGUUGAGGCGCAUCGCGAGCACCGCCAGACCUACCUAAAGCUCGUCAAGAUGCUCGAGACCCGCAAGCCAGAGGACAAGCCCCGCGUGUUUGUUUUUACGGAUGUUGAGCAGGACUAUGACGACCUGUUGGCCGUCAUCUUCCUCGCGGAAAUGCAUCGUAUGGGUGUCGUCGAGCUCGUCGGCUUUGUUGCCAACCAUCAGCCGGCCGCGAAGCGCGCGAGAUUCCUGCGGACCGUCCUUCACCUCGUCGGCCUGGGGCAUAUUCCCGUCGCGGUGGGUACCAGCGGUGUCGAAGACGCAAAGAGCCACGGCGCCGACCUCUUCUACGGCCUUAAGAACACCACUUUCGACCAGGCGCCAUGGAACAACGAGCCCUUUGUUACUGGAGCGGAACUUAUCCCGCAGGUUCUCAGGUCCAAGCCCAACGUUACCGCUCUCAUGCUCUCGACUCUCCAAGACAUCGGGGAGUUUUUUGACAAGCAGGACAAGACCGCGGACUUCAAGGCUAAUAACUUCAGCAAGUUUGUCUCCCAAGGAGGCUACGAAGUCAAGGUACAGCAGGCGCCACAGUCUGGAGAUCUCCGGCAGAAGGGCAAGAUUGCUCCUCGCGGCAACAGCCCGCCCCAGGUGAAGGUGUCCUUGACGCCGGUGAAAGACAUGGCAAACAACAAGUUCCAUCCUUCGCAAGCGGCCAACUACACCAACCACAUCGCGGCCCACAAGCUCCCGUCCGAUGCAUGGUCCCGCGAGGCCGCCAAGGCCGCCCGCCUUCCAGGGACCUUCAUGAAGCAGCUCUUCAAGUACGGCCCCAUCGGCGCCCACUUGGAGUGGCUGUGGAUGCGUCAAGAAUUCAAGUUUUACUGGGACCCCUUUAACUGGCCCUUCAUGGACUUCCUCAACACCGACUGGUACCUGAACACGCGGCUCGGGUACGGCAAAGAGUCGAAGGAGUUCAAGGCGCUCCAAGGGACGGACCUGUCCUUCGCCGACGCCGCGCCCAAGAUCAAGGUCAUCGCCUACGACGGCUGCGCGGCGGUCGGCGCGGUCGGCGACGACUUCAUGCGCGCCAUGGGCAUCCUCGGCCACGAGGGCCACCUGCCCGACUACAACCGCCCCGCGGUCUCGGGCCACCCGCACCGCGUCUUCGGCCGGGAGGCUGACAAGCCGGGCGAGCUCAACCCGGAGAAGCUGGGCGGCAUCAACCCGAGCCAGCUCGCCAGCACCAUCAAGACCUUCCUGCUCGGCAGCCUGAUGGCCACGGCGGCCAAGGCCGAGGAGAAGAUCCCGCGCGCCAGCAUCCGCCACAAGACCGUGCCCGCCACGGUCGACGUCGCCGUGUUCAAGGACAAGAUCCUGCUGCAGAGGAACGCCAAGAUCAUGGACGAGUUGAAGGAGAAGCUGGCCGACGCCAAGGCCAAGAAGGACCAGACCAAGGCCGGGGAUUACGAAACUGCGCUAAGGACUCGUAGGGAGAUGACCAGGGAGGCGGAGGCGAGGGUCAAGGCCGCCGAGGGCGGCAAGAUUGUCAUGCCCACGCGUGCCCAGGUCCCGUACGAGCAGUUGUAUGAGGAGGCGAUGAGGGCGUCCAAGAACCAGGCCAGGGUCAAGGUUAAGGGUGGGUUGGCCGCGGUGACGGCGGUGGCGGCGGUUGCGGCGGGGGUGACCAAGACUAAGUGA